AUGCCACCAUCGCUCAACGUCUCCGUGCAGCGUGCAUCCUGCCCCAUCUCGAUCCUAAGUGGUCAGCAAGACGGCCAAGCAAACGUCCAGUUCUGUUCGAGGUCCCAGGUGUGA